AUGGCCUCGCCAUCCAGUGCUCGAAUUUUAAUGGAUAGUAAUACCAAACGAAUCCAGAGUAGUAAACGAGAUGUUACUGGUCGAUCUCGACUCCUUGAUACCUCAAUGUCUCAAUCUAGUCGACAUGUGAAUGGGAGCGUUGCAAAUGUGAACGGUGGACCAUCCGGUAGUGGCUCAAAGCACUCGACUCGCGUGUAUCUAAAUGGAUUAGACGUCACUCCCCAAUCGUUGCUCGUGAGUUGUAUCAAGUCUACAACGUCAGCCACGACAAAAAAAAGUGGCAAAUUCGAACGACGCAAUCGCUCAAAAGCUUCGCGAGCGAUGGUUGGUGUAUCACAAGCUGGAGCCAGCUUCUUGGUUAGCAAUGUAUCAUCUUCAUCGGCUGACCACGACUCUGAUAGUGAAGGUUCGUCGUCUUUCGUGGGUACAAGUAAGUCUCAAAUGGUCAACUCAAAAGAUGUUGAAGCAAAUAUUCAGGAUUCGAUAAAAUCAAAUUCAAACAUGACCUCCACUGUCAACCAAAAUGAAGGAGAGGGGACAAAAGUGACAGUGAUAGCUGAUCAAAAUGACCUCGACGAUUCUAUCAAAGAGGAUACCGGAAAGGAACUAAUUAUGAAUGAAGAAGCUGGGGUUGAAGCAAUGCUAUUCGGUAAUCGGAAAUCGAUGCUGAUUUCAGGUCGAUCUCGAUACCGAACGGUGACGGUUAAAAUGAGUGAGACGGCAACAGACAUGAUUUUUGAGCGACGUAGUGUUUGUGUAGCAGUUGAUGCACCUGAAUACCACACAGUUGUAGCGAGAAACAAGCAGUAUCAGGCGAUAUGUGCACAAAAGAAGGCAAGUGAUAAGUAUAUUGAAGGUCGAACUCAGACGUUACAACUUGCUCAAAAGGCCAAAGAAGUCAUGACUGCACCCCCCGCGACUCGCGAUGCUGCGUGCGUUGCAACAGAUUGGGAUAUUUACGAUUGUGGAAAGCAAAAGCACGACACGAACGUUGAAGGGGAUGACGAUGGCGUCAAGGAAACUAUCUCAAUGCCUUCGACACAUACGAAAUCAAGUGCAAAUCAGAUCAAAGAACGGUUGGCAAUUGGAUUGGAUUUAGGAAAUGCAGGUGAUCUUCAGCUGAAAGAACAAGUGGAAGAGAUCGUUGGAGCUACUCUUGUCUCUCCUGGCUGCGUGCUGGAUGUCGAUGGUGAUAUUGUCGAGGAUCUGCGCGCGCGAAGACACCGCGCGUCAAGACCACGUCGCAAGACGCGAGAUAGACGUAAACAUAACAGUCAGUACAGCCAAAGGUCUCGGCCGUUUGACAGUCAACGGUCGACAAUCAUCAGAAUGUCUGGAUCAUCUAACGUGUCUGUUCUACGUGGCGAUCAAAGUAGCGGCAGUUUAUCCACGGAUGCGUCACAAGACUUCAUCGGUCGUAUAGGAGCCGACGGCGCCAGUUCAGGUAGCAUUGCGGCUAGCUCGCAAGCUGGUAUGAGCGUGGCCAACGCAUCGCGGGCUGAUAAUGGACGUGCUGGUAGAAGCGGUGACGAAAAGGUUGACAGCGUGUAUGCUCGAGCCGACACGAAUGUCGAUCUUGGCGAGAUUAUCACCCGUCAACGGACGUCACAUGUUUUGCAAUCGUCUUCCCUUCUUCGUUUGGCGAGUAUAGUGGAACGUGCGGUCCAACAAAAUGUUUAUCACGAACAGCAAGUCAAGUAUCGUGACCUAUCGAUCCUCGAGACAGACGAAAGCGUAGUCGACACGAAGAGCAGUGAUGAACUCGAAAAACUUUGGAUAUUCAGCUGUGCUCUCACACAGAAUCGAACAGUAUCAUGUCUUACGUGGAACACGGCAAAUGACGACUUACUUGCUGUGUCGUACGGUCCGAACCAAUCGCAGUCAACUGCAAUUCCAGCUGCCGGUUCCAAACCUGCUCCCGUCGUCCAACCAGGAACAGCCACAGCUGCAACGACUCAAAGCAUCACCGGGACGGCAUUGGAAAAGGAGGGACUGGUGCUGUUUUGGUCACUCACGAAUCCGGAAUAUCCCGAACGAAUAUAUCAUUUUCCGGCAAGCGUGACAUCGUUUGACUUUAGCUCUGCUCAUCCGUACCUUCUAGCCAUUGGCUUUGCCGACGGAAUUGUUUCUAUCUAUGAUACGCGAAAGAAUAAGUCAGCGUCAAGUUCAUUUCCACCAAAUGGUUUAGCAACGGAUACAAAUCAAUACCUUCCUGAUCCUAUUGCAACCAGUUCUGGUCAGACUGGUCGACAUCUCGACACUGUUUGGCAAGUUAAAUGGGUACAACAUGGAGGAAGCGAGCACGUCGUGAGCGUCUCAGCUGACGGUCGCGUGGUGGAGUGGAGUCUUAAGAAAGGAUUGAGCUCAAGUGACCUCAUGACAUUAAAAUGUGUGCCAAAUCCGCUACUGGGAAGUCUCGGAAGUGCUAUUAUUGGACGGUCAGAAGGUGUGCUCUCUCGACAAGCUAGUGGUCGGAGCUUAGCAUUUGCAAAUCAAGAUGAUCCGUCCGUUUACUACGUUGGGACAGAAGACGGACUUGUGCACAAGUGUUCCGUCUCUUACAAUGAACAAUAUUUGCAAACAUAUAUCGGACAUACUGGUCCUGUAUACCAAUUGCUCGUCUCUCCUUUCUGUCCUGACGUCUUUCUUUCAUGUUCUGGGGAUUGGAAGCUCAAAAUUUGGCAUCAAAGUGAAGGAGAAGCAAUGCUUACGUUGCACUCUGUAGAUCUCACAAAGGCAGUGCUUGGUGCAUCCUGGAGUUCAAAUGACGCUGGUGUCUUUGCUGCCGUAUCGGAAGACGGUCGGAUUGAACUCUGGGACCUUUUGCAAUCCACUUUGGACCCAAUUGUGGGUCACUUUCCGAAAAAAUACAUGUCCGUCACUGUGAAAUCGGAAACGGGUGGAAACGAUUUGGCACAAGACGGUGCUUACGACGAUGCUGAUCAAAUUGUGGAUAAAGAAGAAUAUGUAACGACACUAGUGGAAGUGCCGUUGGAAUGCACAACCGUGGCUUUUGCACCAAAAGCGCCAGUAUUAAUUGUCGGAGACUCGACUGGAGACGUGACCGUAUAUAGAGUCCCAGCAAAAGUCACUCAUAGCGCUAUAGGGACUCAGGAAAUAGUGACACACAGGGAAGACCAGGCAGCUAAGUUACUGCGUGCUAUCCGCUCCACCAAAUACGAAUAA